UAUGCAUCACCAAAUCUAGGGUUAGCGUGCCAGUGACAAAUCUCUCCUUAUGUAACUCGCGCCUCUCUUGCUGCAGUUUCAGGCUUCAGCUACACCAGCUUCCUAGAGAAACAGCUCUCAAUCACGGCGGAGCAGGUUCCCUUCAGAUCUUUUUACUCUAUCGCUUCGCUGUCUUGUUUAAAACGCAACGUUUUGGGUCUUAUUGUCGUCUCUGUUUAUUCUUUGUUGCAGACUUAGAAGGCUUUUCUGAAGCAACCUAAAGCUUUUCUAUGGUAAAAUAAGAUAAAAGGAAAUCUUCUUGUUUUUAAUGUGGGUUCUUUUGUUUUGUUUAUAUUUUCUUUUCAGUUUUUGGAACCAAUUUUCGCAGUUCGAAGAAAUCUGGGAAGGGAAAGAGGCCUGGCAAGGGUGGAAAUCGAUUCUGGAAAUCCAUUGGAUUGGGUUUCAAGACUCCCAGAGAAGCAAUUGAAGGGGUCGUAUCUUAGCGGGAACUUGCCACAGUGCGAAGAUGAUGAGGACCAUUAUUGUUCGCCGAAAUUAUCUUCAUUUUAUCAAGAAAUACCAAAGAUAUGAGAAGAGACAUUCAAAUAUUCCGGCACACAUAUCUCCAUGUUUCCGUGUUAAAGAAGGAGAUCAUGUUAUUAUUGGGCAAUGCAGGAUGCUAAGCAGGUUAACCAAGAAGUGGAAAGCCUCGGCAAUACCAACAUCAACAAGAAGCAGUCUUGGCCUUUGCAUUGUGAGGCCUUGCAUGACAAGAUGGAUAAUUGGGAUAAAGACUCUUCCUUGAUUAGCUCCGGUGAUGGGUUCAGUGUCUGCAGCUCUUUUCCUACCUUUGUGGCCAUUCAGCUAGAAAGCAUCUGUGAGGAUCGAGUGACUCUGGAGAGGAAACAGAAUCUUAAAACAAAUUUUAUUCCUGUCCUUCAAUCAGGAGAAUGGUCUGACAUUGGUGGUCGGCUUUAUAUGGAGGAUACACACAUUUGCAUUAGUGACUUGGCAAAGAAAUUUGGUUACAAUUUACUUAGGGAGGAAUCUGUUUCUUUCUAUGGUGUAUUUGAUGGGCAUGGGGGAAAGAGUGCAGCACAUUUUGUCCGGGAUCAUUUGCCAAGAGUUAUUGUUGAGGAUGCAGAUUUGGCAUUAGAACUUGAGAAAGUGUUCGCAAGGUCAUUCAUUGAGACUGAUACAGCUUUUGCGGAGACUUGCUCCCUUGAGUCUUCCCUCUCUUCUGGCACAACUGCAAUCACUGCAAUGAUAUUUGGGAGGUCUUUGCUUGUGGCAAAUGCUGGUGACUGCCGGGCUGUAUUGUCACGACGUGGAACAGCUAUAGAAAUGUCAAAGGACCAUAGGCCUUGCUGUGUUAAUGAAAGGACCCGGAUUGAGUCCCUGGGGGGAUAUGUUGAAGAUGGUUAUCUGAAUGGCUGUGUUAAUAAAUUUUUUAUAAUUGAUUAUUUUAUAAAAAAAUUAUUUUAUAAAUAAAUUAUAAAAUUUUAU